AUGGCCACUGUUACUUCGUCUUUCUCUUUCUCCACUCUUACCCAAUUUUCUCAGAGGAACCUCACUCUCUCUUCCAAUUCAGAAGCAACCCUUCGGUUCCGCGUUGGUUUCUCUUGCCGCUAUUUUGGAGUUCGAGCUUCCAAUUAUGCUUCCAAAAUGGUUGUUCGCUGCUCUUCUUCCUCUGUCACAGACCCUCCAACUGUUUCUGAGACAAAGUUAAAUUUUCUCAAGGAAUAUAAGCGACCAAUUCCCAGUAUCUACAACACUGUGCUGCAGGAGCUCAUUGUUCAGCAACAUUUAAUGAGAUACAAGAGAUCAUAUCGCUAUGAUGCUGUAUUUGCCCUUGGCUUUGUCACUGUAUAUGAGCAACUCAUGGAAGGGUAUCCAAGUGAUGAGGACCGAGAUGCCAUCUUCCAAGCAUACAUUCAUGCAUUAAAAGAAGAUCCUGAACAAUACAGAGUAGAUGCAAAGAAAUUGGAAGAAUGGGCUCGUGCUCAAAACCCAACUUCACUAGUUGAGUUCUCAUCCAGAGAAGGAGAAGUUGAGGCAAUAUUAAAGGAUAUUGCAGAAAGAGCAGGAGGAAAGGGGGAUUUCAGUUAUAGUCGUUUCUUUGCAAUAGGCCUCUUUCGCCUUCUUGAGUUAGCAAAUGCAAUGGAACCAACAAUUUUGGAAAAGCUUUGUGCGGUUUUGAAUGUCAACAAAAGAAGUGUGGAUCGGGACUUGGAUGUGUAUCGUAACUUGCUUUCUAAGUUGGUUCAAGCUAAAGAGUUGCUAAAGGAAUACGUUGACAGGGAGAAGAAGAAAAGGGAAGAAAGGGCCGAACCACAAAAGACUAAUGAGGCCAUUACACAACAACAAUUUUCUAGCCUUUAG